AUGAAGUUCACACUCGCUACACUGACACUUGUCGCACUCGCGGCUACUACUCCCCCUCCCGAGCCGGUUGUUCUCAAACCUGUUCCAGAGAAAGCAAGCAGUGGGUGUUAUCACUACGUAAUCUCCAAACCAAACAACUGCUGUCUUCCUCGCAUCUGCGCCUGUCAAGAUGGCAACUACUAUCAAUUCAACGAAGACGCAUGGAAACAGAAAAUGAACGGCUGUGAUCCUCCCUGGGGUUAUCUCGGAAAGAAAAUGCACAAUAUGCCCAGCUUCUGCUGUCGAGGAUGGAAAGCCCCCAAGCCUGUAUUUCCCACAUAA